GGGAUGGAGGAGGCAGCACCAGUGGAAGGGGAGAGCCAGCCCCCUACCCCCCACUAUGGUUCUCUGAGGAAGGCCGUGGCUGUGGCCUUGGCUCUCGAUGGGGAAUCCACAAUAAGUCGCCGGAAAAAGAAGAAGAAAGACUCUCGUCCAGAAUCUAUCAUCAUCUACCGGUCAGACAAUGAGAAAACAGAUGAGGAACCAGAAGAAUCAGAAGGCGGAGAGAGGCCUAAGGAAGAGGAGGGAGACGAUUUCCUAGACUGCCCUGCGGAUGAUGGUAUGUGGAACAUGCCUUUGGACAGCCGCUAUGUCACAUUAACUGGGACCAUCACCCGAGGUAAGAAAAAGGGUCAGAUGGUGGACAUCCAUGUCACGUUGACAGAGAAGGAGCUUCAGGAGUUGACCAAGCCACAAGAAUUGUCAAGGGAGACAACAUCUGAAGGAAGAAAAGUGUGCCAGUUGGGAGCAGAUCGUGGGCCCCAUGUGGUCCUCUGGACGCUGGUCUGCCUCCCUGUGGUUUUUAUCCUGUCUUUCGUUGUUUCUUUCUACUAUGGCACCAUCACCUGGUAUAACAUCUUCCUUGUGUACAAUGAGGAGAGGACCUUCUGGCACAAGAUUUCGUAUUGCCCCUGCCUUGUUCUCUUCUACCCUGUGCUCAUCAUGGCCAUGGCCUCGUCCCUGGGCCUCUAUGCUGCUGUGGUGCAGCUCUCCUGGUCCUGGGGAGCCUGGUGGCAAGCUGCUCGGGACAUGGAAAAAGGCUUCUGUGGUUGGCUCUGCAGCAAGCUGGGCCUGGAGGAUUGCUCUCCAUACAGCAUUGUGGAACUGCUGGAAUCUGACAACAUUUCUGGCAAUCUCUCCAACAAGGACCCUACACAGGAGGUAGAAACCUCCACUGUUUAA